AAGUGAAAAUUCUAUGUUGAUAUUUACAGAUCUUAGUCUGUAAUAAUAUUCACUUCGUGUUUAAAACGGAUGUAAAAUCUGAGUGAAAUUGUGAUUUGAUGUGAAAAUUUAUUGCCCUGUCAACAUUUUAAUUUUAAUGAUAGUUUCAACAAUCGCUGGAAUUUUCUUUUUCUGAAAUAAGUGAAUGUUUAUACUCCACACGAUGAUCACGAAAACUGGAAGCAUAAAAUCAAACGAAAAAGAUCGUAGAGCUCAUAUACAUUUCAGCUCUUGACGAAUACGGAAGCCUUAGGAAAGAAAGAAAAGAAGCGAACAAAGAUUAUUAUUAAUAAUAAAAAGAAAGUGAAGAUAAAUAUUUUGACCCCGAAGUAUAAAAAAAUAUUCAUAAAUUUGAAGCUAAUUCCGAAGGAGAUAAAAUUAAAGUGCAACUUAUAAUAUUUAAUUAAAUAAAAUCUCGCAAUGUCGUUUUGUCGAAUCACAGGAAAAGCCCGGAAUCUUCCGAAAGCAAAUUAUUUUCCAAUUCUACCACCGAUCUCACCAGGAGAUGCCAAACGAUUCUGUAGAAUUACUGGAAAAUCUUAUGGACUUCCAUCUCAUCAUUUUAUUCCUGUUAAAUUAAUUUCAUUCACAAGUCGGAAGAAAUGUAAAGUCACAAAUGUUUCUGCUGAACUUGGUCCCCAUCAUUACGUGCCAGACACAUCGUAUGGAAAACGAAAGCAUAUCGUACUAUUGGAUUAUCGUUAUGUCUUUCCCGUUUUUAAUUACGACGAUGAAGAUCAAAAAGAACUUUACGAAAUAUUUAAAUCAAAAGUCACUGAGAAUAACAAUAAAUUUGUGUAUCGUGUUGAUGAGAAGCAAUGCAAUUUAGUUUUCUCAUCGAAAGUUGAAGCUGCUGUCCGCGAUGGAGAUAUUUGUGAUAUUAUGUUUGCUAAAGAUAAUGAUCAAAUUAUGUUACGACUGAAGAAAGGAAACAACGUUUCAGUUGACUUAAAAGACUUCAAAGAUAACUUGGAUAACUUGUAUGAAGGAGAAGGACCUCGAGAGGAUGUUAUUUUAGAACGAGAACGUGAAUUGGCACAAGAAAAGAGGGCACGAAAAAUCAGCAAAUGUAGUCGUCAACAGUUAACAAGCAUUGCAAAAAUUUUCGAGAAUAAAGAUUUGGAACAAGACAAAGAAGAAGAAUCGACGAAGAAGAAAUUUGGAAAGAAGAAAGCAAAAGCUUUGAAAAAUGUUCUUAAAUCCGUCAGCAAGAAGGAAGUGCAGAAGAUAAAGAAAUUCAUGGAGACAGUUGCUGAAGGAAAUUCUAAGAAACUUCAAGAUUUAGUGAAACCUUUGAUUGAGAGUUGGGAUUGGGACACUUAUGAACACGAAGUACAAGAAAUUAAGAAACUUCAGAAGAUUAAAUCUGCUGUGACCAAGAAAAUGAAACCUGCAAAUAUUCUACCCACGAAAAUUAAAGUGAAAUCAAGAAUAAGUGACAUAGAAAAGUCAUUACUCGACAAUACUGUCGGAUUCGAAUGCAUACCUCUUGUUGGAUGUUAUAAAAAGCCUGAAAUGAAGCCAUUAGUCAAAGAUUUGAGUAAAUAUCAAACAGCAUCACCCGAAAUGAUGAAGAAACUUGAAAAUGUUGUAUCAAAGUUUCAAAAUGCUGACAUUGAAAUUAGCAGUUUGUUGCCAUCUGAAGAUGAACUUUUCGACGUUCUUCAAAACAUAUCAAAAGGAAAUAAAUCGGAGUUAAAUGGCGUUCCUGGAUGUCAAAUUGAUAUCGAUGAACGUCGAGUAUUUUUAUCUGGUGAAUUCAUUCAAACGGAAAAAGGAGAAAUUUUCUGUCCUGGUCAAGCGAUUGUCGAUAAGAAAACAGGGAAACGAACCUUCACACCUGGUCUUACAACCUUUGAUCCUAUGAGUAAAGGUGUGAAUUUCAUUGCUGGCACGAUUAUGACAACGAAGGAUAAUCAAGUUCACUUCCAAGCUGGUCAGAUUGUAAAUAAUGAAUUUAUUAGUGGGCAGACAAUUUACGUCAAUGAUGAACCAAAAUUUAUUGAAGGUGAAACUAUCAUGACACCAGAAGGCUUAAGAUUCGUUGCUGGUGUUUAUAACGAAGAAAAUGUUUUGACUCCAGGAAAAUUCAUGACACUUCCCAAUGGCGAAGAAAAAUUCAUUUGCGGGCAAAUGACAGAAAUCUUUGUGAGUGGUCAGAAUGUUUUGGAUGAGUCUGGAGAAUGGAAGUUCGUCAGUGGUCAGACAAUCAUUGAUGACAGUGGAGAAGAAAUAUUUGUCAGUGGAAUUACAAUACAAACUGAUGAAGGUUCAAAGUUUAUUGCUGGCAUGCAUAACGACGAAGGCGCUUUUGUUCCUGGAAUCACAAAGAAGGUUGGAAAGGAACUCAAAUUCGUGCCUGGCAUUACAAUUGAAACGAAGCAGGGAAUGAAGUUCUGUGAAGGGCAAAUGGUGGAAUCAGCUCAUGGCGAGAUAUUUAUAGCAGGAAAGACUGAAUAUAAAGCGAAUGGUGAAACUGAGUUUAAGAUUGCGGAAAGUAUUGAUCAAAUUUCAUUUCAAAAGCCUCUGCCAACUGGUAUGGUGAUUGACCCACAUUCAUUGGAAGUAAGUGAAGCGAGUAUGUCAGUUUUUGGAAAUAUGGUUCAAACAGAGCUUGGCAUUGAGUUCUAUCCGGAUAAAAUAACAGAAGAAAAUUUGCCAAUGGGAAAAAUGAUUCCUGGGAAAUUAAUUAAAAAAGGUAAUGAGACCAAAUUCAUCCCAGGCAUUAAAGGAGAAGACGGCGGGUUCAUCCCCGGACAAGUUGUCAACACACCACACGGUGAAGAAUUUGUUUGCGGUCAACUUGUUGAAACUGCAAAUGGACCGAAAUUUGUUCCCGGACAAAUCAUUACAUUGAAGAACGGUGAAAUGAAAUUUGUUCCAGGGGUCACUGAUAAAAGCGGAAGAUUCGUUCCUGGCCAAAUCAUUGAAACUCGAGCUGGGCCAACUUUUAUUCCGGGACAAAUUUGCUACACAGAGGAAGAUGGCGAACAGUUUGUUCCUGGACAAGUUGUUGAAACCGAGAGAGGUCCAUGCUUCGUUCCUGGUAGAAUUGUUGAAGCCAACGAUAGAGUCACUUUUAUUCCUGGACAAAUUGUAGAAACACCAGAUGGCUUUCGGUUUGUUGCACCUGACAUGAAGAAUGAAGGCGACGAUUGCGAAUUCAACUUGCAAGGGUUCCAAGUAACACCAGAGGAGUUGGCAUUGAUAAAACCGAAAAAUAACUGGUCAGCUUCAUAUCUUAACGCUGGUGAUUUGUCAAUUGACGCAGUCAUGAUGCGACAACUUUCGGAAGCAGGAAUGUCAAUCGGUCGACAAGUUGAAACAGGAGGUGUUGACCUGGUGCUGCAAAGUACAUUAAAUAGGGAAAUUGUUGAGAAGUUUUGUGAUAAUCACGCGAUUGGCUUUGACACUGCAGACUCAAUUUUUAAGAUGAUUAAAAUGCUCACAGAUGAACACAAAGGUAAAAUAAGUGCGGAAAAUUUAAGCAAGAAAAUUAUAGAAAUGUGCAUGCCAUUGACCUCUCAGCCAAUUAAUCAUAAUGAGCUCGUAGAGUCGCUGACAGCACAUCAAUCUGCGGUUGGUGAUGAGAAUGAAACAAGUACGGGAUUGAAGGGAAAAAAGAAACCACGAAAAUCUGUGGGACUUUCAUUCAUUCAAGAUCCCACCCAAGCACUCGAAACAAACCAGAUCAUAAAUGUUUUAACCAAAGUCAUGAUGGAAAUCUUGAAAAAUGACGAGCUUAGUGUAAUGGAUCACGAUGGUUCACUUGUUAGUCAUCACACGGUAAACGGACAUGCGAAUGGCAGAAAUAAGGUCGAGACUGUAUACGAAAUCAUCGCAAAUGUACUUCGAGAUUCGGUGGAAAAUUUAAAUAUAGAACAACUACAAAACAUCUUCUCAUCGCCCAACAUGAAAGAGCUCGUAUUGGAAAAGUUGAAUAACACAAUAAACAAAGUCGAAACGAUGUAUGUGAUACAAAAAGCAAUCAUCUCGGCAGUCAACGAGGAAAACAACAAUAAAAUUAAUGAUUUGCUAGCAACAGAUGAUGUUCAGCAUGUUGAAAGUAUUUUAAAUGAAGCUUUGUUGCUGGCAAAAGUCUUGGGAUUAAAUAGUGAAGCUAUGACACUUUUAAGUGCUCUCGACAAAACAUCUAAAACAGCAAUGGAAGAUUUCAUGCUACGAAGUGGAACUGGUAACAAGGCGUUCUUGAUCAUCAAAGACGGAAUUCAAUGUGUUGUGCCUCGUGAGAAAAGUCAUGACGUAUUGACUGGCAAAUGUGCUUACACAGUCUUAGAUGAAAAUGGAAUAAGACACUUUGAACCCUUGCAUGUCAUGUCAGCGUUGAAAAUGAACCCAGCCACUCAACAUCAUCGAUUCUCAAUUUAUGCAAACGAUACUGCAAUCGAGGAAAUAUCAAAAUUAAGAAGAAGCAGCUGUUCUCCCACUUAUGACACACAAACAAGAGAAUUUCAAUUUUCUAAUUGCGAUUUUGCUGAUCAUGGAGAUACAAACUCGAGUGAGACGGGCGAACAGAGCGAGAAUGGAGACUUUAAUGAAUACUUUGUUGAAAAUGUGAAUUAUGAUGUUGAUCAUGAGACAGGAUAUCGACGACCACGUAGAAGACGCCAUGGAGAUAAAGACGAUCCGACAUCGAAUCUUGAUUUUCAAACGACACAAAUGCUUCGAAAACGACGAGGUGCUAGACCCGACCGCAAAUCAAAGUCACCCAUCACAACACAGAUGUACGAUAUACUAGUUGUAAACAAAAACUACGAUGCCGAAGGUCCCGACUCCAUUUCUGUACGCGUGGGUGAUUUAGUAGAAGUAUUAGAAACCGGCACAACAUCAAGUGAUGAGCCAAAUGCAAAAAAACCUAAAACAGAUCUAGACAUAAGCGUGGGAGUUGAGCCAACGCAUUUGUUGGAUAACACAGUGCAGAAACACAAGUUGUCGGUUAAACCGAAGAAACGACAACCCAGUUCAACAAAACGAAGUGUGAACUCCAAGAAAACAACACCAAAGCCAGGAGAAAGAUGGAAAGUUCGAAUAUUUGAUGGAGCAGAAAACGCAAAAGAAGGAUUUAUUCCAGCUUCAGUUUUAGAUACACAGAAUAAUGAACAGUUGAUAUAUGGAGACAAGGCCGAUGAUGCAGCUUACAGACGAGAAGCGGUCAUCCGUGAGCUUGUUGAAACGGAAGAAGAGUUUGGAAAAGAUCUGCAAACAGUUGUUGAACGAUACAUUAAGACAAUCGACAAUCCUGAAAAGAAAGUUCCGCGAGUUGUUCGCGACAAUAAAGAUUUGAUUUUUAUGAAUUUUCAACAAAUUGCUGACUUUCACAACACAGUUUUGAUAGAAGGAAUCAAAUUUUAUGCAAACAAUCCGAGUAUGAUUGGAAAAACAUUUCUUCGCCUAGAGAGAGAUUUUGACAAGCACGUUAACUACUGUCGUGAUGAAUCAAAUGCCCAAGAGUUUCUUUUCAACAACGAGAUCGUGAAAGAUUUUUUCGAUGAUUUAUCACAAAAGCUCGGUGACGAUAAAAGCAUCAGCGAACAUCUUCAAUUACCAAUUCAACGCAUUAACGACUACCAACUCUUACUUAAGGAGCUUGUAAAGUAUUCAACACGUCUUGGAGACAACGUAUCAGAUCUCCAGAAGGCCCUUGAGUUAAUGCUAAGUGUCCCUCACCGGGCAAUCGAUAAUAAAUUUCUUGCUAAUAUCGAAGGGUAUAAAGGAAAUAUCCACAAGUUAGGUCGUUUACUAACACACGAAUGGUGGAGUGUUGUUGACAAGGAAGGAAAAUCCAAAGAACGAUAUUUAUUUUUAUUUAAAGCACGAAUUCUCAUUUGCAAAGUUCGUCGUAUCUCUGACGAUCGUUCAGUCUUCAUUCUCAAGGAAAUCGUUCGAUUACCGGAAGUUGAAGUUAAAGAUUUAGAAGACAAUAAGAUUGAAAUUAAAUCUGGUGAAGAAGUGAUUUUGUUGAUCGCUCAUAAAGAAGAAACGAAAAAGUUUUGGUUGAAAGAAAUCAAACAAUAUAGCAGUGACGUUGUUGCGCUUCAGGAACAUUCGAUUGAUGAUCUAAAAAUCGAUCCAAAACAACACAUCGACACAAACGAACCCUCAAUUAAAUUACCACAACGAAUUGAAGCUCACGAGCCCAAUCAAAAUAUUAAACCAUCAGAUUUCGCCGAAAAUUAUACAAUAUCGAAAUACUCAACCACUAAAGCUACCGAAGAAAUUAAAUCUAAAGGAAUAGUCACAAGUCUUAAAGAGACAUCGACAAUUUCUAUUGAAAAAUCUGAGGAAAAAGUUACAGUUGUAAAAACAGAAGCAAAUCAAGAAUCAUUAGAACAAAACGCUCUUGCAAACAAGGAAGCUUCGAAAAUCCCCGUUCUUAAGAAAUCAACAGAAAAAACUGUUGAAGAAAAGCAAAAAACAAAAGUUGCUGAAACUUCAAAGAAGGAAACUCCAAAAUUAGAAGAGAAAACUUUGAAAGUUUCACUUGUAAAACAACCGCAACCUUUACAGAAAGUUCAAGAAAAGCCAAAGGAAAUUGUAUCGAAUAAAACUCAAGUGAAACCUGUUGAAGAAUCAUCGAAAGAAGUUUCAAUUUCAACUGAAAAAGUUAACGUUCUACCCGAAUUCAAAGCAGACAUUGUAAGAAAAGCGUCUGUUGAUUUAUCACCUGUUGAUCUUAAACAAGUUUCUAAGCCGCCACCUGUGAAAGAAGUAAAAGAAGAAGUUAAGCAAAUUGAAGUUGUUGCAAAGAAGCAAGAAGAAGUUUCGAAAGAACCUAAAAAAUCUGAAUUAUCAGAAGUCGAAGCUUCAGUGAGUGAAAAGCUUGAUAAACUUAGUCAAAAGCUCAAAGCAAUACGAAGAACUGAAACUGAUAAAGAAGUUUUAAAAUCAAUCACCAAAGAAACACAAAUUGAAAAUCAAAUUGAAAAAUCUGAAGAAGAUUUACGAAAACAAGAAGCGAUUCGAGAAUCAAUUCAAGAGAAAAUCGAAGAAGAUUACAUCAGCGAAAGCAGUGUAAUCAGACGAAUUGAGGAAAGAUAUAAGCGAAAUUAUAAAGACAAGGACAUCAAAACUUUAACAAAGAGAAAAGCAAGCUCGGAUCUUCAAGAAAGUCGCAAAAGUUUGAGUCUUGUUGAAGAAAAAUCUGAAGUUUCAGUAGAGCCUGAGAAAGCAAAAUUAACAAAGGACGAACAACCGAUAGAAAAUAAACCACAAAUAACUAAGGCAGCUGACACAAAUAAAUCUGAACCUGACAAUAAACAACAACAAGGUCAAGAUCAAUCUAAUACCAAUCAAAGCAACGAUCAGCCUUCGUCUAAUCAAAGUAAAGACGGUCAAGAUUCAUCAUCAGGAAAUCAGAGUAAUCAAUCAGGUGACAAUUCAAAGAAGCCAGAUAGACCGCCAUCCCCCCCUUCACCUGGAUCUAUAAGAUUACCAGGCUUCUUCGAUCCAAAAAUCCCAUUAUACGAGACCUCAAUUGAAGUGCACGUUAAAAAAGAAAAAUAUCCCGACCCACCCCCAAUCAUAACAAGAAAAGUCGUUGUGAAAAACGAAGAACUUGAAAAGAAAACCGAAGAAUUUUUAAGAGGGGAACUUCCUUACGAAAAGGAAGAUUAUUCGCUUGGUGCAGCACAAAAGAAAAUCAAAAAUCUUAAACAUAAUUUAGGUAAAACUGGUGACACAAUCAAGUUUGCUGAAGAUACUGUUUCGAAAGCACGUGUUGGUGAUUUCAAGCAUAUUAAGACACCUGGAACUGUUAUACCUGAGAAGAAGAAGGAACCGGUGUUCGAAUAUCAAUACACAGUUGAGGAUCCCAAGACUGGGUUAUGCAUAACGACAUCUGAAGCUGUUGACUUUGAAAACGCUGAAGACGAAUUAAAAAAAUUAGCAGAAAUGGAUGCUGAACAAAAGAAUACAAUUACAAAGAGAGUUGAAGUCAAACGAGAUGAAUCGAUUUACACUUCGAGCUCGAAGAAGACAUCAACGAAGUCAGAUGGAAAAAUCAUCAACGGAAGUGGAAAACGUCCACUUUUCAUGAAAGCAAUUAAAGGAUGUGACAUUGAGCCUGGCGAGAAUGCUGUGUUUGAAUUCCAAUUGGAAGAUAAGCCUGUCAAUGUGACAUGGCUGAAGGAUAACAAACCAUUGGAAGAUCCUUUGCAGGAUCGCAUGAGAUUCACUGAAGGUGCUAGCAACACUUACAAGAUGGAAUUGGUUCAUUGUCGUGAAUCAGAUUCUGGAACUUACACUGCGAAAGUCACUAAUGGAUUUGAAAAUUCAACAUGCACAGCUCAUCUUCAUGUUGAGAAAUUAUCACCCGAAAAGCUUCAAGAGUUGACGGAAACAAAUUGUCCAUACUUUGAAGUCAAGUUGAAGGAUACGGAAAUUAUCGAAAACACUUAUUUGACUUUCAUGGUCAAAGUUAAAGGAGAACCGAAACCUAAAGUUCGUUUCACUAAAGAUGACAAGGAAAUCAUGGAUUUCGAUAAACAUUACAAGAUCAGUCGUGAAAUGGAAGAGCUUGGCUUUUUCGAAUUGAUCAUUGAUGAAGUGAAGGCAUCCGAUGCUGGUGUCUUCAAUUGCACAGCUUACAACAAGUUUGGAACAGCGAAAUGUCAAUCUAAAGUGACAGUUGUGAAGGAGAAAGACAUUUUUGGAGAUGUCACUGAGACGAUGCUGGCACCAGGACAAAAGCCAAAGUUCCAUUGGAAGAAGGAUGGCGAACCAUUCGAUCCCGAAGAAAGAUUCAAAGUUCUCAUGGGUGAUGACGAUGACUCACUUGCUUUAGUCUUCCAACAUGUUAAACCUGAAGAUGUUGGUCUUUACACAUGUGUUGCUGCAACGACAACUGGCAACAUUUCAUGUAGCGCCGAGUUGACAGUUCAAGGAACUGUUAAUGAACUUCCACGUGAACCAUGCAAAGCAAACUUAGUUGUUGAAACUAAAGAAGCUUUGGCAAACAUUGGAGCUUCAGCGAUGCUUGAGUUGCAAUGCAAAGGCUUCCCAAGACCAGAAGUUUUAUGGAAACAUGAAGGAAGUGUCAUUGAACCUGGUGGUCGUUAUCGUUUCCUUUACGAAGAUGCUGAAACUAUGACACUUGUCAUUAAGAAUGUUACAGCUGAAGAUGCUGGCGUUUACACCAUCACAGCAAAGAAUGAGUUGGGACAAGACGACACUGAAAUGAAGUUGAUUGUACGUCGUGCGCCGAAGAUUACUAAACCAGGCCAUUUGUAUUGUGCAGCUGGUGAAUCAUUCAAAAUGUCAAUUGAAAUUACUGGAAUGCCUGAACCAACAUCGAAAUUCUAUUGCAAUGGUAAAGAAAUUAUUGAAGAUGAUCGCAUUAAGAUUACUCGUGCUGGCGAUUAUUACUUAAUUAAGUUUAAUGAAGUUCGAUUAUCUGACACUGGUUCCUACUCUGCUGUGUCUACAAAUGAUUUGUGUACAUCAUCAGAAAUGUGGGAUUUCACUAUUAAAGGCGCAAAUCGUGAUGAUUCCGCAUUGUAUGCUGUUGAAUUCUCAAACGACAAUGGAACGAUUCGUGAUGAGAGUCGCGUUCAUGUGAGAUGUGCACCAAAAAUCAGAGAAGAAUUACGUGACAUCAUCUGUAAUGAGAAUGACGCUGAUGUUCAGAUGUCAGUUGAAGUUGAUGGAUAUCCAAAACCAAAAGCCAAAUGGUUCUUGGGUGAUAUCGAAAUAAAUGAGAAGCAAUAUCGCUUUGUUGAAGAAGGCGAUGAAAACAUCACGAGAUUCAAAUGCUUCAUUAAGGAUGCAACAAUUGAAACAAGAGGCAAAUACACUUGCAAAAUUACAAAUGAAUUUGGUUCUGUUGAGUCAUCAAAUGAAGUGAAAGUCAAUUGCAAGCCAAAGAUAAAGAAAACACUUGUCGAUACUGAAGUUGAUGAAGGUACAACAUUGGUGUUGGAAGUUGAAAUUUAUUCAGUUCCUGAGCCCCAAAUCGUGUGGACGAAAGACGGACAAGAAGUUCAUGCAGACACAAGAAUUAAAAUUACUCGAGACUCUCAUCGUUCAGAAUCGUAUUCAAUGACGUUGAACUUGGUUAAAGGAAGCGAUUCGGGAGACUAUGAAGUGAAGGCGACAAACUUCCUCGGCACUUCAUCAUCCAAGAGUCGUGUCGUCGUUCAAACGGCGGAAAUGAGAGAAGCACCAUCGGGUGAGAAGGAAAUCAUUUUGGAAGAAAAAAUUCACAUUACAGAAACUGAAGAAACAUUUGAGGAGGAAGAACCGAUUGCUGUUCAAGAUUUGACUUUGAAGAAAGUGGAAAAUGAUGACUUUAAAACGUUGGCAACUGCUGACUUAAACAAGGAGACUGUUUCCCAAGUCAGCCAAUGUACGAAAAUUGGUGACAAAGGAGAAGUCAUCACAGUAUCGAUAACCACUGAAGAAAGUCAUCAGGCUUCGAUGCUAGGCCCAGAAGAAUCACAUUCACUACACACGAUAAAGACAACAAAAAUUAUAGUCGAAGAAGCUGGGUCAGCUUCGCCAGAAACAACAGGAACAUUUACAUUCUCUACAAGUUCUAGAAAAUCUGAAAUAAGUGUUGAAGAAGUUGGCAGCUUCUCGUUAAAUCCACCCACAAAUGAAACUGUUCUUAGUGAUCAUAAAACAAUAACAAUUAAUGCCGUUGCUGCUGAAAUCGAAGGUGAUUCUGAAGGAGUUUUUCGUAAGAUGUCACGAGGAAUUUCAAUUGUUGCAGUUGAUGAUACACAAACGACUGAAAUUGAAGAAGAAAAAGAAGAUUUACAUGAUGAUGAAGUUGAUAAAUUAAUGGAACGAAUAAAGAGAGAAAGAAGUGUGUUGGAUGAUCUGCUUGGACAAGAUCAGAAGUCACCAGAAAUUCUCACAAAUGAUGAAAUAAAAUGUGAGAAGAAUGAAGAAGAAUCGCCAAUUCCACAAAGUCCAAUAAUUUCCGAAGUCAAAGAAAAGGAAGAAAAAAUAGUUAAAAAGGAAGAAAUCGACGUUGAAGCUGCUCCGGAAAUUAUUAGAGCUGACUUUGAAAGCAAAAAGACUUUCGAUACCUUGCCAAUUGCAUGGGAGGUAGAAGCCCGAGGUGUUCCACGUCCGGAAGGUAUUUGGAUGCUUAAUAGCACCGUCGUCAAGUCAAGUGAACGUGUCAAAAUCACCGAGUCUGGUGAAACGUACAAAAUCGAAAUAAAUGAUGUCAUCAUGGCUGAUCAUGGCGAGUGGUCUUUCGUAGCAAAGAAUCGUUUAGCUGAAAAGAAAAUCAAUGCGAAUCUUGAAGUCAUUGCUUGCAACGAAUUCCGAAGACCAAACAUUAAGAAACACUUUUUGGAAAAUGUCUCUGCGCCAAAGGACACAGAAGUCACUUUAACGCUUACAAUCACUGCUGAUCCAGUCCCAGAACUCACUUGGUUCCAAAAUGGAAAGGAAAUCACUGCUGAUCAAUAUCGCGUUAUCAGUUCAUCUGUUGGUGAAUUAGAACACAACUUGAAGGAAAUUACUUACAACUUGAAAUUCCCGAAAGCACGUCAUGCUGACACCGGCGAUUAUUCUGUUAAAAUGAAGAACAAAUACGGAGCUACUGAAGACAGUUGCCGUGUUGACAUUCUAUUGAAACCUGAAAUUGAAGGCUUACAAGAUAAGAAAUGCUUGCCUUACGAACAAGUCAUCUUCAAUGCCACAAUUUAUGCAAAUCCAAAGCCUAAAGUUACAUGGACAAAAGAUGGAGAAAAUCUUUGCAAUAAUGACAAUUGUGACGUCAUUGCUGAUGUUGAAAAAGAACUCUACACUUUGGUUAUUGAAUCUGCUGCUAUGAAGGAAGAUGGCGUGUACACUUUAACAGCUUCUAAUAAUCUCGGUGAAACUGUAGCCACAGCAAGUUUGAAACUUCAUGUUGAGAAACCAACGUUCCUUCUCAAACCUGAAGAUAAAGUUGUUCAUGACUUCAAAGAUGUUGAAACAAAAGCCAAAGUCACUGGCAUACCACGACCAACAAUUCAGUGGUUGCGUAAUGGAAAGCCAAUCGACACAGAAGUCAUUGAACCAAACACUAACAGCCCUAAGAAUAGAAUCAACACUAUUGGUGAUGCUCAAUUGUCAUCUGACUUUUAUGUUACUCACUUCAGACCGGAAGAUUCAGACAAUUAUUCUUGUGUCGCUUCAAACAUUGCUGGCGACACUGAAGUUGUCUUCAGAUUGACAGUUCUUGAACAAGCGCCAGUUUUUGCAACUAAGUUUGACAGAUUCAUGGAAAUUCCUGAAGGAGAGAAAUUGGAAUUGAAGUGCAAAGUUGAUGGCAGUCCAUUGCCAACAGUUAAAUGGAUGCUUGAUAACGAUGAACUCCUUCCAAGUGAUCAUGUCAAGAUCAACGUGUCUCCUGAUGGUGAAAUCAGCUUAGUCAUUGAUAAAGUUAAGCCAUCUGAUUGCGGUGCUUACAAAGUCAUCAUUUCGAAUUCUUCUGGAGAGUCAGCAAUGAUUUGUGCAGUGGCUGUCAAACCUGAACCUCGUGCUCCAUCAUUUGUCAAGCCGUUUAAUGAUGCAACUGUUGUUACUGGUGAACCUCUUACACUUCAAGCUCAAGUUAUCGGCUUCCCAGUUCCAGAAGUUCAGUGGCUUAAGGAUGGAAUUCCAUUGAGACCAUCAGAAAAUUUGAACUUCAUUGCUCAACCUGAUGGUGUUAUUGGCAUAAACAUCGAUUCUGUUCGUCCAGAAGAUGCUGGCGUUUACACAGCAAUCAUCAAGAACAAACUCGGCGAAAUCAAAGCAACUCCAAUUGUAAAGGUUGAACCACGACCGAGAAAACCGCUCUUCAUCAAAGAGAUGUACGAAACCAAUGUCAUUGAAGGUUUCCCACUUCGUCUUGACGUCAAAUUCCUUGCACAUCCCGAACCCCAACUUGCUUGGUCAUGUGAUGGAAAAGAUCUUGGCGAUUCAGAUCGUUGCAAGAUUUCACAAAAGGACGGACAUGGCACGUUGAUUGUUGAAAAGGCGACACCAGAAGAUGCUGGAAAAUAUCAAGUUGUUGCUACCAAUGACCAAGGAGCUGCUUCAACUGCUGCUAAGGUUACAGUCUCACCUGUCGUUGAUUCCCAAUUGCCAGAAGAAGCUCCAUCAUUCACAAGCACAAUUUCCGAGAUUACUGUCGAUGAAGGCAAAGAACUUGCCUUCUCCUUGCCAUUUGUUGGUAAUCCGAUUCCAGAAGUUAUGUGGAGUCGCAAUGGAAAGCCGGUUGAGCCAACACCUCGUACAAUGCUUACUUGCGAUGGCAAGAAAGUUGGAAUCAUCAUCAAGCCCGCUGAGAUCACUGACAGUGGUGAAUAUCAAUGUUUGUUGGCUAAUCCACUUGGAGAAGUUGAAGCAUUGGUCGAUGUUCAUGUUCGUAAAAUCUUCCAGAAACCAAACUUCCUUUCACGUCUCACAGAUUUGCAAGUUUUACCAACACACGAUGCUAAAUUCCCUGCGAGAGUUAAUGGAAUUCCUAAGCCUGACAUCUCUUGGUAUAAGAAUGAAAAGCCAAUUCAUAACAGUGAGAAAUAUUCAAUCAAGUACGAUGGCGACACUUGCAUUCUUUACGUGAAGAAUUGUACUCCCGAAGAUGCUGGUCUCUACACAUGUUCGGCAAGUAAUCGUGAAGGUGAAGAUUCUUGUGAUGCUCGAUUGGAAGUUGUUGAUAAAGUUGCUGAGAAAGACAAAGCUGAACCGCCAUCAUUCUUGAAGAAAAUUGUCAACUCGGAAGUUAUUCAUGGAAUGAAAGCAAAGUUUACUGCUUGCGUCUCUGGCUUCCCACUUCCUGAAAUUGAAUGGUAUAAGAAUGGAAACAGACUUUAUGGUGGUGACAGAUUCAAGUUGGAAUGCGAGAAGAAUGGAUUGAUUCGCAUGAUCAUUCAUGAUGUGCGUGAAACUGAUGCUGGAAAGUACACGUGCAAAGCAAAGAAUCAACAUGGUGAAGCUGAAUGCAGUGCUGAGCUCAUUUACGAAGAAGAAAAGCCGAGAAAAGUGAGACAACUUGAAGAACCUGAGAAGUUCAAAGCAAGUGUUCCAUUGCCACUGCCAGAUCGUCCUUACAUAUCUCGUAUGAGUGACAAACAUCUGACACUUUCAUGGAAACCUUCAAUCCCUGCAGGUCCCAAAUUUCCCAUUCAAUAUCAAGUUGAAAUGCUUGAUUUACCUGAAGGUGAUUGGUAUGUUUAUCGCAGUGGAAUCAGAGGUACUCAUUGUGAGAUUGACGGUCUCCAACCUUUCCACGAUUACCGUUUCCGUAUUCGUGCUGAAGAUCGUUAUGGUGUCAGUGAACCUUCCGCUUAUUGUCAAACUUACCGACAGAAAUUGGAACCAGAUCCACAAUCAAUUCAUGCUUACUUGCCUAAAGGUCUUGACUUCCGUCCAAGUAUUCCAUCAUUCUUCCCGAAAGAUUACGACAUUGAGAAACCAACUCAUGAUGGAUACGCUCAAGCGCCGCAAUUCUUACGUCAAGAACAUCCAUGUCAAUAUGGAAUUAAGAACCACAGUGUCGAUCUUUUCUGGUUUGUUUAUGGAUAUCCAAAGCCCACAAUUCAAUAUUUCUUUAAUGAUCAGCCAAUCGAGUGUGGUGGCAGAUUUGCUUGGAGUUACACAAGAAAUGGUCAAGCAACACUUUUCAUUAAUAAAAUGCUUGAUCGCGAUGUUGGAAAUUACGAAGCUGUCGCUACAAAUGAACAUGGAUGUGCACGACAAAAGGUUCGUGUUGAAAUUGCUGAAUACCCGAGAUUCCUUCAACGUCCAGAAGAAGUUCAUAUCAUGACACGUCGUUCAGGAAGAUUGGAAGCUAAAAUUGUUGGCGUUCCACUUCCAGAAAUCAAAUGGUUUAAAGAUUGGUCGCCAAUUGCAGAAUCGUCACGGUUGAAAAUGAUUUUCUAUGAACCCGACACUUAUGUUCUUCUCAUCACAGAAGCAAUGAAGAAAGACGAAGGUUUAUAUUCAAUCAGUGCACGUAAUGUUGCUGGUUCAAUCAGCUCAUCAGCGAUGGUUCAUAUCGAAGAUAAUGAAGACGAUUACAUCUUCAAUUCUAAUCAUCGCACGCCUUACGUUCGAUCACGACAAAAGCCGCUCUACACUGACAUUUAUGACAUUGGAGAUGAGUUGGGUCGCGGUACUCAAGGCAUCACUUACCAUGCUGUUGAACGUGCAACUGGAAGAAACUUUGCAGCGAAAAUCAUGCAUGGUCGUUACGAUCUUCGUCCAUUUAUGUUUAAUGAACUCGACAUCAUGAAUUCAUUAAAUCAUAGAAAAUUAAUUCGUCUUUACGAUGCUUACGAUUCACCAAAAUCUUUGAUAUUGAUUGAAGAGUUGGCAGCUGGUGGAGAACUUGUUAAAGAUCACAUGUUGCGUCGUGAUUUCUACACUGAAAGAAUCGUCGCAUGUUUCAUUUAUCAAUUGUUGCAAGGCUUAGAACACAUGCAUAGCCGUUCAAUUGGACAUAUGGGAUUGAAUAUUCGUGAUUUGUUGAUUGCACAUCCUGGAUCAGACAGUUUGAAGAUUUGUGACUUUGGCUUAGCACGUCGCAUUGAAGACAAAUUAGCGCCACUUGAAUUCGGUCAGCCAGAAUAUGUCGCACCUGAAGUUGUUCUUGGAGAAGGCGUUGGACUUGGACAAGACAUGUGGUCUGUUGGUAUUAUAACUUACAUCUUAUUGAGUGGUCACAGUCCAUUCCUGGGUGCAAAUGAUCGUGAAACUUUGUACAAUGUUAAGAAUGGACAAUGGCAAUUUGUUGGAACUAUUUGGAAUGAUAUUUCGAAAGAAGGACGUGACUUUAUCACAAAACUUCUUGUCUAUGAUGCACAUCAUCGUAUGGAUGUGAAGACUGCUUUGAACCAUCCUUGGUUCCAUAUCAUGCAUCGUCGUAGUGAAGAUGAAUAUCAAAUUGGAACUGAUCGUUUGCGAUCAUAUUGGCAUGGGUUACGUGAUUGGUACACGAAUGCUUCAUGCAGAAGUUAUUACCGACGAAGAGCUCUUGCUACAGCUUUCGAUCAUCCUUCAAAGAUGGUUUACCCACCUGGAAUGAUCUUCACACCUGAAGGUACUCCGCCACGUAUUGAAGAACAGUCGAGAAAGCCUCAUAAAUGGGAAGAUUACGUUGCGCGUGAACAAAACGAUUAUGAAGUUGGAAGCUUUAAGUCGGAGAGUCACUAUCAAUAUGGACCCGAUACUUAUUUAUUGCAACUUCGUGACACUGACUUCCCAACACGUUUGAGAGAAUACAUUAAAAUCGCGAAAGGUCGUUCACCAAGCUUCAAUUAUUCACUUCAUGACGGCAAUUAUGAUCUUUCUAUGCCAAUUAUUCGUGAACGUCGUCGAUUUACAGACAUCAUGGAUGAAGAGAUUGAUGAUGAACGUAAGGAAAGAAUCAGCAGAUAUGGAACACCUGAUAGUGGAGCGACAUUCAGUAGACGCAUCAGAAAUGAAGUCAGUGUACGAUCAGAAUCGUAUCAAGAGGCGGAAGCAAUUAUUGAGAUGAGAAGCAAUGGCCAUAUUCCAUUCUUCCGAGAGAAACCUCAAACUGUUGCAAUCACUGAUGGUAAACCUUCGGAAAUUUCUUGUUUGGUUGUUGGUGAUCCGACACCAAUCGUGCAGUGGUUCAAGAAUGAUAUGGUCAUACAAGAAAGUAAGAGAAUUAAGUUCCUUAGUGACGCACAAGGACGAUCAAUUUUGAGAUUAGAACCAGCAAUUGAAUUCGACAUUGGAAUUUACAAAGCUGUUGCUCGUAACAAGAUUGGACAAACUUCUUCACGAUCACGUGUUGUUCUUGCUGUUGUUCCUGAUGCACCAAGUGCACCAGAAGCAGUCGCGGCAAGUGACACUGAAAUUUUGUUACGUUGGAAACAACCAAGAGAAGACGGCAAUUGUGCUGUUUUAUGUUAUUGCUUGCAAUUCAAACAACUUGUUGAUGAAGAGUGGAGAGAUGUUGCCAUGAACAUUGAUCAUGAAUUUUAUCUUGUUCAUGGACUCGAACCAAAGCACAAUUAUCAGUUCCGUUUAGCUGCUUGUAACAAGAUUGGAUGGAGUGAACGUGGAUCAGCAACGGAAGCUAUUUCAACCAUCGAAGCUGGCGCUCCAAAGAUUCAAGUCACACGAGCAAUGAAACAUCUUCAACAAAUCACAGAAUCAGGUCAACAAAUUGUGUCAGACGAAAACGUCAAUCAGGUUGAUUACAGAUACGAAACGGAGCCAAUUGAAUGGUCAACAGAGCCAUCUUACAAUGAACGUUACAGCUUCAUUUCAGAAAUCUCUCGUGGUCGUUAUUCAGUUGUCGUUAAAGGUGUCGAGAAGCAAACUGAUUCAGUAGUUGUAGCUAAAAUAUUUGAAUACACUUCCGAUACGUCAAGUCAGAUUCAGAAAGAGUUUGAGAAUCUCAGAACAUUACGUCAUGAGAAGAUUGCUUUCCUUAUUGCAGCAUUCAAGCCUCAAGGAUCGCCGAUUGCUAUUUUAGUUCAAGAGAAAUUACAAGGUGCUGACGUUCUGACUUAUCUUGGAAGUCGACAUGAAUACAGUGAACAAAUUGUUGCUGCAAUUAUCACACAAAUUCUUGAUGCUGUUCAAUAUCUUCAUUGGAGAGGAUUUGCACAUUUGGAUCUUCAACCUGACAAUAUUGUCAUGGCAUCUGUUCGAUCACAUCAAAUCAAAUUAGUGGACUUUGGAUCAGCACAACCAGUCAGUAAAUUAGGAUCACAUGUUCACAUGCCAGUCAAUGGAAAUCUUGAUUUCAUUGGUAAACUUUCUGUUUUAAUAAUUUCUAUAAUUAAAUUGAUAAUUAAAAUAAAUUUUUCAGCUCCCGAAGUUUUAGCUGAUGAGCCUGCUUAUCCACAAACUGACAUUUGGUCAGUUGCUGUUCUAGCUUAUAUCAUGUUGUCGGGUACAUGUCCGUUUAGAGGUGUCGAUGAGAAUGAGACAAAAGCCAACAUUAGUUUUUGUAGAUUCCGUUUUGAGAAUCUUUACCGUGAAGUGACACAAGAAGCGUCUCGCUUCUUCAUGUUCAUCUUUAAGCGAACGCCAUUAAAACGUCCAUCAGUAGAAGAUUGUUUAGAACACAGAUGGUUAACAGCCACAGAUUUUAUGAUUAAGAAACGUGAACGUGCAAUUUUCUUAGCUGAUAAAAUUAAACAUUACAGCGAAGAAUAUCAUUCAGCACGAGCAGCCGAGGCUAAGAAACGAGAAUCAGUCACAAAUCAAUUACUAAUCGGUCCAGCACCUCGACAGCUUCUUCGAACAAACAGCAUUCAAGAAGAACUUCUGACAACUUUCUAAUGAUUCGAAAGAAUGAAAGAAAAAAAUAUUUUUAUCAUCUAAGAACUUUUUUUAAUGUUUAUUAAUCACUCAACUAUUUGUCUUGGCUUUUCCUUUGUACAUAAAUGUUGAAUCUUCCAUGUUGAGUCCCAAAUCCAACUUUAUCACAUGUGAUGAAAAUUUUGAUGAAGUUUUCUUUAUUAAUCUGAGAGCACUCACCAACGAUCAGCGUUGCGUUGUCAUGCGAAAUUAAUUUAUGACGAAUUUAUUGUUUAUUUUCACAAAACGCACGAUAAGCAAUUUUUAUUUAUUUGUUUUUCUUUUAGUUUUGUUUUGUUUUGUUUUUUUAAAUAUAUUGACAUAUUUACUUCAUCUUACCAAAUCAACCAACAAUUUCUUACUUAGUGGUUUCUUUUCUUUUUCUUUUUUGUUUUCCAAAAGUAAUCUGGAUUAUUAUUGAAAAUAAAAUGCAUUGAGAAAAUUUA